UUUAUUGUCAUUGUCUCAUGACGGUAUAAUCCCAUAAUAAUAAUAUUUAACAGAAAAACCCAAUUAUUUGAACUAUUUCCAGAGUAGUCUUAUGAUGAGGGGCGUGGUGCUGACUUGCAUCGUGUUGCUGCUUCUUCCAGAGACAUUGGUCACAGGCGCCGAAGAAACGACGCCGUUUACUGAGUUUACUUUUGCGAGUACAUGGGCAUAUACUGGAGAACCGACUGAUAAAGCCGUUAAGAAUAAAAAAGACGAAGAUGAAGGUCCUACCGAGGUGACAGAGUAUACAUUUACAUACGAACCUGUUACUCAAAACAAAGCGGACAAGAAAAAAGGAAAAAACAAGGGUGGCGACGGGGACGGUGAAGACAGCAAAAAGGAGAAGAAGAAGGACAAGACAGGAGGAGGAGGAAAGAAAGAAAAGAAGGAACUUACUCCGGAGGAAAAGGCAGCAAAAAAAGAAAAGGCAGCUGCGAGGAAGGCAAAGAAAGCAGCAGAGGCUGCGGCUGGGAAAGCUAGAGGAAAAGGAAAGAAAAAAGGCAAAGGAAAAAAAGAGGAAGCUACAGAGGCGUCAGCAGGUGGAGGCGGAGGAAGAGGCCGAGGAAGAGGACGAAGAAGAGGGAAGGGUAAAGGAGGUGGAGGUGGAGGUGGAGGAGAUGGUGAAGUUACUGAACCUUUUACCGGAGAAGGACUUGUUACUGGGGAGUAUAUGACUUCUUCCGGGACCGUAGCUCCAAUUAUAGCAACACCAGCCCCAUGCUCGGCUGGAGACUACAUGACUGACAAUGGAUGUCAGCAAUGUCGAGAGAACUCUUUUAGUGAUGUUGGAGCCUUUUCUUGUACUAGUUGUCCUGAAGGCAAAGUUGCAGCUGCUGGAUCUGCAUCAGAAGAUGACUGUGAAUAUGCUCCAUGCUCUGCUGGAGACUUCAUGACUGACAGUGGAUGUCAGCAAUGUGGAGAGAACAGUUACAGUGGUGAUGUAGCUUCUUCUUGUACGAGUUGUCCUGAAGACAAAGUUGCAGCUGCUGGAUCUGCAUCAGAAGAUGACUGUGAAUAUGCUCCAUGCUCUGCUGGAGACUUCAUGACUGACAGUGGAUGUCAGCAAUGUGGAGAGAACAGUUACAGUGGUGAUGGAGCUUCUUCUUGUACUAGUUGUCCUGAAGGCAAAGUUGCAGCUGCUGGAUCUGCAUCAGAAGAUGACUGUGAAUAUGCUCCAUGCUCUGCUGGAGACUUCAUGACUGACAGUGGAUGUCAGCAAUGUGGAGAGAACAGUUACAGUGGUGAUGAAGCUUCUUCUUGUACUAGUUGUCCUGAAGACAAAGUUGCAGCUGCUGGAUCUGCAUCAGAAGAUGACUGUGAAUAUGCUCCAUGCUCUGCUGGAGACUACAUGACUGACAGUGGAUGUCAGCAAUGUGGAGAGAACAGUUACAGUGGUGACGAAGCUUCUUCUUGUACGAGUUGUCCUGAAGGCAAAGUUGCAGCUGCUGGAUCUGCAUCAGAAGAUGACUGUGAAUAUGCUCCAUGCUCUGCUGGAGACUUCAUGACUGACAGUGGAUGUCAGCAAUGUGGAGAGAACAGUUACAGUGGUGUUGAGCCUUCUUCUUGUACUAGUUGUCCUGAAGACAAAGUUGCAGCUGCUGGAUCUGCAUCAGAAGAUGACUGUGAAUAUGCUCCAUGCUCGGCUGGAGACUUCAUGACUGACAGUGGAUGUCAGCAAUGUGGAGAGAACAGUUACAGUGGUGACGAAGUUUCUUCUUGUACCAGUUGUCCUGAAGGCAAAGUUGCAGCUGCUGGAUCUGCAUCAGAAGAUGACUGUGAAUAUGCCCCAUGCUCUGCUGGAGACUUCAUGACUGACAGUGGAUGUCAGCAAUGUGGAGAGAACAGUUACAGUGGUGAUGGAGCUUCUUCUUGUACUAGUUGUCCUGAAGACAAAGUUGCAGCUGCUGGAUCUGCAUCAGAAGAUGACUGUGAAUAUGCCCCAUGCUCUGCUGGAGACUUCAUGACUGACAGUGGAUGUCAGCAAUGUGGAGAGAACAGUUACAGUGGUGACGAAGUUUCUUCUUGUACUAGUUGUCCUGAAGACAAAGUUGCAGCUGCUGGAUCUGCAUCAGAAGAUGACUGUGAAUAUGCUCCAUGCUCUGCUGGAGACUUCAUGACUGACAGUGGAUGUCAGCAAUGUGGAGAGAACAGUUACAGUGGUGAUGGAGCUUCUUCUUGUACCAGUUGUCCUGAAGACAAAGUUGCAGCUGCUGGAUCUGCAUCAGAAGAUGACUGUGGACAUGUGCAAUACCCGACCUGUGACUGCUGGACUCCUGAGUGUGGCUACUGCUCUAACAUGGACUGUACAGUAAAGCAGGAUCUAAUCAACUCCCACAAAGGAGUCCAAGUGCGUUCUCACAUUAGACGGAAGAAGUUCAACACCAUCGUCCUGUUUGACGGAGACGGUCAACAGAUCGGCAGACUACAAUGGAGUCUGUCCGGGAUCUACCUCACCGGAUGUGGUGCCUGCCAGACACCUCCAGCUUUAAAGAAAGCUCGCAACAGAGGCGGACAGACUGCCUGGACAUUGUCCCUCAAGGACGGCGUCUUACAGAUCAAGAUCAAAGGAAAGGUAUUGUACGAGAAAGAACUUACAGGUGAAUGUGGAGCCAUGUAUGCUGAGGCAAAGAGGUUUGCCUUUUCAAAAAUGGGCUGUGACAGCACUUUCUCCCUUGUACCCGAUGAAAUGGAGGCGGGAAAAAGGAUGACAUCGGACUGUGGCGGAAGUUGUUAAAUUAUUGAAAUGGACAGUUAGCGGAUAUUGUAGAUAGAUAUUUGUAAAAGUUAUGUUUUGAAAAGUUAUGAUUGUAAAAGAAAUUAUUUUGAAAAAAAUCAAGAUGAGUGAAAACUAUUGCAAUUUGUUUCGUUAUUUAUUUGCAAUUAACACAUAAAAAAGUAACCACAGUUGUCUAUGAUGUCUACAAUAUAUUUUCCAUCGUAAAUUCUUCACUGCCCUUUCUUCAAACCUUUCAAAAAAUUUCAUUCUUUAUUGUUACUAAGAUGGUUUUCAGGUUUUGUACCCCAAAUAUGGUACUCAAAUGUUUCACUUUUUCUCACACUCUCUCUCUAUCUCUCUCUCUCUCUCUCUCAAACUAUUUCUUCCCAUUUACAGCUCCCCUAAUUAUAGCUCUGAUAUAUAAUUCAGUAUUUUGGCAGUAGACUGGGUUUUGACUGGGCGAGUUCACGCUUUUCCACCGUUUAUACUUUUGCAAUUCAACUGCGACAGUGAUGUCCCGAAGUUAAUAUGAGAGCCAAAUUAUUGAAUGAUAAUCUGAUCUGUUCUCACCAGUCACCACUGCAAAAUUAUAAUUGUUAUAAUUUUACUAAUCUAACAUAUUAGUCAAUACGUUCCAUAUCAUUGUAAACAACACUUAAAAGACGUGUUUUGUACUAAUGUUAUAAAUACUAAAAUAUCAGCAUGAUUCAAUAAUUGUUCCAAUUA